AUGCGUGUCUUUCCGGCCGUUCUUGCUCUUGCUAUGUCUGUGUCUGCGGAGCGCUUCGUGCGCUUCAUCUCAGACGACGGUCAGAUUUAUACAGGAGAUGCCAUCCUAUCUGACGGAACAACCGAUGCAUCUAAGAGUACUUCAGCUCGCGUCAUACAAGGAGACAUCUUUAGCAAUUUCACGGUCACUCAAGAGAUCAAGAAUAUCACAACUUUGUUAGCUCCCAUAGCACCAGAGAAGACAAGGACAGUUCGCUGUGUCGGAUUCAAUUACGCUGCUCAUGCCGAGGAAGCAAAUAUCACGAUUCCUGAUUUCCCGAUUCUUUUCUUCAAACCGUGGACCGCUCUUGCGCCUCCCAACGGCCAGGUUCCCGUUACGGAAGGAUACCAAACUCAAGGGAACUUCACCUCCGAAAUGGACUACGAAUCCGAGCUUGUCGUCGUCAUUAGCAAGGCUGCUUACAACAUCACCGUAGACCAAGCGCUUGACCACGUCCUGGGUUAUGCAUCUGGCUAUGAUGUGUCACACAGAGGAUGGCAGAUUGACCGAGGAGGAUUGCCUCAGCCUCAGUUUUCCAUGGGCAAAGAUGCUGAUGGCUGGGCCCCUUGGGGACCAGCCAUUGUCACAAAAGAUAUCAUUCCGAACCCUCAGAACCUCAGCAUUUUUGCAAAGGUCAACGGCGUGACAAUGCAGAACGAUACAACGGCGAACAUGCUUUUUGGCGUUGCAGACCUCGUUUCGUUCUUCUCCAUGGGUAUCACUUUGCUUCCUGGUGAUAUCAUUUAUACUGGAACUCCAUCAGGUGUUCAGCUAGGGAAAGCUGACCCGGUCUGGUUGGUCGAUGGUGAUGUUGUCGAAGUGGGUCUUGAAGGCUUGGGUACUUGCACGAGCACAAUCACUAACUCGAAUGCAACGGAGUCUGCGUUUGAUCCCAUCCUUGGAUUUACUGGUGUGAAGCAGUGA